CCUGGUAUUUCUGGUUAAACUGUAUAAAACGUAUUUAACAUGGGUUAUACAAAUCGAGUAAAAUGAAUCAUUUGAUAAGUGAGUAACUAGCGUGCUAACUAACUAGCAGUUGUUGUAGCAGUUGUCUAGGAAACGGAAACGCGCAAACAAAAACGCAGGAAAUGAGUCACUAGCCAGCAAUUUCAACUUUAGAAACUCUCAUCUUUACGACCAUGCUGCGGUUUUCCAGAGAUAAGGACGGCCAGUCUUUAGACGUUUAUUCUGAUGAUGAAGAUAAUACUGCAUUAGCAGGAAGAAGAAACAUGUCGGAUGAAACAAAUGCAGCUUCACGUGAUAGCGAGCUCCGCAGCUCAACGCCUGGGCGACUGCCCUCGCGCAAGCGGUCCUGGAGAGACACUCACCUGUGGCCCGCUCGAAUAGUCUCUGUGCUAUGUAGUGUGGUCAUCGUCUCAUUUAUCGCUGUGAUAAUCUCGUUUUUGUACAUCGUAUUAAAAGAUCUAAGAGCAGAGAGGAUAACCACUGAAGAUGGAUCAGAAGUGAGACUCCUGGGUUUUUGGAGUAUCUUGGUGUUGUCUUCUGUGGCUGGAGUUCUCUGUUGCAGCUUCUCCUGGACCCUAACAUACUUUGACUCCCUUGAGCCAGGAAUGUUUCCCCCAACUCCUCUUUCCUCUGCCAGACUCAAAAGAAUGACUGGACACUCUUUCCACAUGGGCUACAGUAUGGCUAUACUCAACGGCAUAGUGGCUGCACUCACUAUUGUAUGGUAUCUCACCUGAUGCACAUCGACUCACCAAUGGAUCCUCUGCUGAGAAUAAGUGUCAUCAUUUGUGGGUGAACUGUUGCUUUAAUGGCAGAUGGAGCUGUCAAAUAAUGUUACUAAAAUAACUACAGAUAAAAACUUUUUUUAAAAGCACAAAAACAAACACAAAGAAUGGAAUACUAGUUGAAAAAUUAAAUUCAUACACUGAAUAACAAGAAGUAAAACAAUAAAGUACAGUGUUUUAUUUUUUUAAGGGAUUUCUCCUAUUUUUAUAUAUGCUAAUUUGACAAAUUCAAUACACAACGAAGAAAGUUUUUUUCGUAAUGGACUACAUUUAAAAAAUAAUAAUAAUACAAUUAGUGAAGUAAGGCUCUCUUUGUUACUCGGUUAUUUUAUCUUAUAAAAGGCUUUCAUUACAUAAUGCUGUACAAGCCGCUUUUUACCAUUACAAUAGCAGUGCAUUAAAUCAGCUUUUUGCCCUUUCGAUGUCAUUCACUGUCAUUGUGACAACACAUAGAUGCCAUUUAAAUCUAUUCAAUAAAUUGAAUUUGCAUUUUAUGAACUACACUUAGCAAAAACGACUGUCCCUUUGCAGUCGUGCUUUAUUAAAGCAGGGAGAUGCUGCUCUACUGAGCGUUUUAAUGGGGGAAGUCAUUAAUACAAUCGCUGUGUUUGGGUUGAUGGAGAGUGACCAUGUUAAAGCUUUGUUGAGAGCCUAGGAGAAGGUCAGUGAGUAGAAGUGUGGAUUUAAUUUAUGACUAAUUAUUUGAUGCAGACUCUGCCACACCACGAUGACUUUUUUCUUCUUCAUUAUAAGCAGGCCCUGUAGUGACUUAUUUCAGCUAGCACUAAUGCACUGCUAUGUCUUGUAUAUAUGGAGUAUCAGUGCUCUGCUGCCUCAUGUGUGAGCAUGUUUUGUUUUUUGUAUCUGUGGCAAACAGGUUCCUAGAACUUGUUUUCCUUUUCAGUACAUUUCUAUUCUUUUUAGUGGAUGUUAAUUCUGGUUUGUUGAGAUUUUAAUAUUUCCCGAAGUAGUUUAUCCACCUCAAAACCUGUUGCUUUUAGAAUGUUCAGGUAUUUUAAGGUAAAUGGGAGGUUUUUGUGUGCUAUGGUUGAUGCACGCUGUCCAUGCUUUUGUAUUCUUCAGCCUUUACAAAACGUGUUCUAGCAUGACUUGGUGACAAAGUGUCUCUCUUAAUGAUGUUUCAGACUGUCUGAGGUGAACCUUGUCUCACUCGCCUUGAAUCGUGUAGUGCAACUGUCACAAACAAUAUCCUGUCCUGAAACCACCUGAUUUGGAGGUUGAGUGGUUUGCUUAUUUGUUUUCCUGCCAUUUAAAUAAUCAGGGAUGAAAAAACAACAACACUGGAAUAUUCAUUGCCUACCCAGGAGGUGGGAUAUUGUGUCAAAUAACGCUAUCAGAAUUAAUUUUGUAUGAAUGUAUUUAUGCAAAAAGCAAUAAAUUUGCAAUUAAAAUAAAAAAGCAA